AUGAAACGCAAACGCGAGGAUAUACCGCCUCCACCACCGCCAGAUGCUACUCCAUCUCGUCGGUCGCGAGUAAGAGAUAUCACCGUUGAUCCAAGCACACCUUCAAAAGCCAAUGGCACGCCGCGAAAGGCAGUCUCGUUCCUUAACGAGCCUUCAGCAACAGAGCUCGGCAGGUCGCCGCGUACACCCAGACAGAAGCAGAUAGACGCCAACGAUGAUGGCACUGCAGACCCGCCGAUUGUGCGGAACGCGAAUCGUUCUGCGAGGAGAAAGAGUGUGAGGAAUAUGAUACAGAGGAGUAUUCGUGAGGAUUUAAUGGACGAAGAGGAUGGAUUUGAGGAAGAGGAUAAUCUUGCUCAAAGGAUUUUUGACGAUGAGGACGCUGGGAGCUCGGAGAGCGAAUCUGAUGAUGAGAAGAGUGCUGGAGCUGGUACCUCAACGCCGGCGAAGAAACCGCGUGGGAGACAAAAGAAAAAGAAAGAGAAGUCUCCACCACCCGUGGUGGCAAUCGAGGGACCGACUGCAUACUUUGAACAGAACAGAGCCAGGGCGAGGCCGUCUUCUACGACUACGACAUUACCACCGCUUUCGCCAAAGACAUACUUUCGACUUCUGGAGCAACACGACGAUAAGCAUGCAGCCGAUAUCGAACAUUUGAAUUCAUUGCACCAAGCCAAUUUCGAUCAAUGGGUAUUCGAGCUUUCCCAGGGGUUCAAUAUUUUGUUAUAUGGAUAUGGGUCGAAACGGAAGCUAUUGAUGGAGUUCAUUAAGAAGGAAGCUGCAUUAGGGAACCAUGUUGUGGUGGUUAACGGAUACGUUGGAGGUUUAACAAUUAGGGAUAUCGUCAACAUGGUUGUCAAUGCCGUAUUAGGCAUGAACCACGGUGUGAGGUUCGGAGUCAACGUUAAUGAAAUGAUGGAUAGUGUCCUUCAAAUUCUUGACGAAUAUCAGGAGAAGGAUGAAGAUAAAUCGGUCACACUAUUGAUCCAUUCAAUCGAUGCCUCAGCGCUACGAACAUCUCAAGCACAAGCUCUCCUCGCACAAUUAUCAUCACAUCCAGCAAUUCGACUAAUCGCAUCAUCGGAUAAUAUCCUCUCCUCUCUUCUCUGGGACUCAUCAACAUUAACACUUUUUAACUUCAUUUUCCACGAUGCAACCACCUUUGUUCCCUAUGACCUCGAAAUCUCCGCUGCAGACGAGUCAGAAGGCAUAGUUGAUGUUAUCACGGGAGGAACCGCGGGUAGGAGUGGAAGAAGUGGAGCUAAGGGUGUCAAAUAUGUGCUUGCCAGUUUGACGGGGAAUGCGAAGAAUCUGUAUAGGAUUUUAAUUGCUACACAGUUGACAGCUAUGGAGGACGAUGGUGCUGGGAAGGAUAAAAUGGGAACGGAGGCUUAUGGAAUUGCUUAUCGGACUUUGUAUCAGAAGGGCCUGGAGGAGUUUGUGUGUUCAAGCGAUUUGGUAUUCAAGACACUCUUGAAAGAAUUUUACGACCAUCAGAUGGUGACUUCGAGAAAGGACUUACAGGAGAGCGAAGUAUUAUGGGCACCGUUCCGCAAGGAAGAAUUGGAGAGCAUAUUAGAAGACAUCAUGCUGGGUUAA